AAUUAUUAUUAGCUUUAACUUUUUCGAGAGUGGAAAUGUUUCGAGUAAAAUUCUUGCAUUUCUGAAUUUUGAUCGUCUGGUAUUUAGGUAAAUGAUAUCGUGUUGAUAUGUUGGGUGCUUGCUGGAUAUGUAGUGAUUCAUGCCUAACCAAAAUAAGCAAGUGUCUUAGAUAGAUACUACAGGGCCUUGGAUACUACCCCCAGUCACGGUCAUACUAAGUUCUACCCUUAGCGAUAUUUCUUAGGAGCGUUCAGCGUGCCGGGUCAGGGUGUGAAGACCCAAGGUGAAGACCGGUUUCGGUGAACGAGCGAGAGUGCUGAAAAUCUAGUUUCUUCACGACUUCUUUGCUCAAUGCUCAGUCAUGCGUCUGUUAGCUUUCUAGACAACUGAGGUCGGAGUGAUUAGUUCCCUUGCCUUGGCACUCAAGUCGGCGCUGUCUUUGGAGAAGCUGGGGCGUCGAUCAGCGGAAGCCUGGAAGGCGUUUUGGUCCUCAAAAUUUAAGUGGACUCUGGGCGCUGUCCGCCAUGCUGCUGCUCCUGCCAGUCCUCCUGCUACUGACCAGCCAGACGGCAGCCGAUUCGGAUGUCUCUCACACGCAGCAGGUGCUCGUUCUCGGCGGCAACGGUUUCAUCGGCGCCGAGAGCGUCACGGCGCUACUGCGCCAGAAAGGGCGCUACAACGUGACGGUCGUGAGCCGCGGCUCGGAGCGCUACGACGCGCGUGACCGCGUGCUGCAGCACGUGCGCCAGCUCAGGUGUGACCGCUACACGCCGUGCCGCCGCUGUCCGAGCGGUAACCCGCUGCUGGGCUGCGAGGAACUGAUGGCUGCCCAGAAGGAGGUGACUCAGUGGGAUUUUGUCAUAGACUUCAGCGGCUAUGACGCCGACGCCGUGAGCCAGGCACUGGACGCGCUGGCAGAGAAGAUGAAGUACUAUGUGUUCAUCAGCUCCGACUCUGUGUAUGAGGUGUGUGAGCCGAGCACGGGCGUGCUCUCUCACGAGGAGGCCGCAGUACGUCCGUCGGACCGGCGUCGGCGGCACGACUUGGCCUCCCGCGACUCGUACGGCGACGGCAAGCUGUCGGCGGAGGAGGUGCUGCGCGCGCGCGCCGUGCCGCACGUGGUGCUCCGUCUGCCAGACGUGCUCGGUCCGCGAGACACCACGGGCCGCUGGUGGGCCUACCAGCUCUGGGUGCAGUAUGCGGGUGUCCUUCGCCGACCGGUGCCCAUCCCACCCUCAGUACGCACACUCCGCACUAGUUACGUGUUUGUCUCGGACGUGGCACGCGCGCUAACAGCCGCGCUGAACCGCUCCAAGGAAGUCAACGGGAAGGCGUUCAACCUGGCGCUGGACCGCGACUUCCGUCUGGCGGAACUUCUUGGUGAGAUAGCGCGUGAGCUAGGUGUGCACAGUGUGGUGACCCGGGAGGUUAACAGUGAGAACGUGGCGCGCUUCUUUCCGUCCGUGUACCGCGGUCCGGUGAGCUGGCGGCGCGCCCGCGAGCAGCUCGGCUUUGAGCCCACCCCUUGGCCGGAGGUGCUGUCCGAGACUGUGCGAUUUUACCGGCGGGCACUGGUCAGAUUCCCCGAGGAGCGGCGCAGGGUGUUCAGUGUGCUGGAGAGUAUAUUCGGAGAUGAUCCCGAUGUGCAGCGACGGCUCGUGGAGAGCAUCGAACGUGACCUGUUGGACGCCUCUUUUGGAAAGAGGGACGAUGGGGAGGUGGGAGAGAGUGGGGAGGGUUUGGCGACGGAGGGCGGGGAGGGAAAGGAUGAGCUGUAAAUGUGAAGUCGCCAGUAGGGAAGUUAUUCGUGCAACUCAUCGAGCUUGAGUUUGGGUACAACUUAUGUGAUGUGGGUUAUGUGAUGCCUACUGGUCUUCAUAUUUGUUGUUUAUAUCUGGUGCCUUGUUGUGUGGCCUUGUAGCACGUUUUCUUAUUUUUGUUGUAAGUGAGGCUGUUCAUAUUUUUAUACCUACUGACGAUGACCACAUUUCUGGUGGUUUUGUAUUUUUAUAGGGAAUGGGUUAGGUGCCAGUGCAAUUAAUUACACUGUGAGUAGGCAUGGUAUGCCUUGUCUGAAACAGAGCUUAUAUACACAAAAAAAUAAACAUUUCUAUCAGACGA